CGCAGCGCAGUGUUUGUUUUUGUGUUCGUAAAAUUUUAGGUUACAACUCUGUUUACAAGAAUUUUAGUAUAUUUAUUUCUUCUCAUAAAUAUACCAAAUUUUGCUCAAAUCCUGAAGGUAGUUGGAUGCAAGUUUCCGGUAAACUGAGAAAUUCUGCAGACUUGAUAAAAAAUAAAAUGAGUGUGACUGAGAAGAAGCAGGAGGACACUGUUGAGAUCCGUGAGCUGCUAAAGGAAUCCCUCUGUCGUUUGUGUCUCAAUGUGAGUGAUGACCUGAUAGGUAUUUUUUCAGCAGACGGUAGAACGCAGUUAAGUAUCCGGAUCAUGGCCUGCACUUCCUUAGAGGUCACUCCUGAUGAUCCCUUACCGAACCGAAUAUGUUCGACAUGCAAUGACUUUCUUAAAAUAUUCUAUGCAUUCCGGAAGAAGUGUAAGAGCUCAGACACCAAAUUCAGAAGGUUCCUACGUUUGGAGGCUGCUGGGAAGGCAAACAGUAUAGCUGAAUUAUCAGACGAUGAAGAUGAUGAGGAGUAUGCGUCAGCCCUGAAAGAAUUCAAUGAGAAACAAAACUCUCUCAUCGAGGAACGUCUCAAGGAGGCUACUGAAGAAAUUGUGAAGCAAUAUGAAGUUGAAAAAUGUAAUAUAUUGCAGGAAGAAAAACUCCGGAUCUAUCGGGAAGAGAAGCAAAAAAUUCAAGAAAAUGCUAUGAGACAAAUUGUUACAACGCUAAGACAAAAGGAACGCGAUGAAAGGAAAGAUUUGCCCGCGGGAAAGGAAAAGGUGUUUAGAAUCUCAAAUAAAAUAUGUGAGACAAAGGAAGACACUCAAGAUGAUAGUGUGGAGUUCCAAGUUAUAUUUGAGGAAGUCAAAUCGGAGAAUGCAGAAUCUUUGCAUUCAGAUGAUUACACAGUUGACAUAGCAUCAGAAGUAGGAUCUGGGCACGAAGAUGAAAUCAGUGAAGAGCACCUUGAGGCAUUGGCAGUUGAAGAGGUGUUUGAGAAUAAAAAUACAGAAAAAUCCCUCGAGACGAUUGCUGAAGUUGAAUACUUUGAAGAAAAAGAAGAAGAAGAAGAAGAAGACAAGCAAGAAUCCAUGGAAAUUGUUCCUGUGCCAGAUAUUGUUGAUACAGCAGAAAGCAAUGACCAGGAAAGUCUUCAGCAUGAAAGUACACCACCUGGAAGUCCAAAUUCAGCUCAGAAUAUUGAGAUUGAAACAGACGAGGGAAGGAUUUAUUAUCUGGAAGUAGAGGAACAGGAAAAUGCGCCAAAAUAUUACGAUGAAAAAGGAAAUCUUCUUAUCUAUAAGUGCUCAAUGUGCCCAAAGACAUUCCCACGAGAGAAAAGUCUGAAAAGUCAUGAAAAAUCUCACAUGAAGCGAAAAGGAUACAGCUGUACAUUCUGUGAAAAAUGGUUUCCCAGUAAUAGCAGCAGAACGCGACAUGAAAGAAUUCAUACAGGCGAGAAGCCAUUCUCAUGCGGAAUAUGUGGGAGGAGUUUUGUGCAAAAAGAAAUUCUUAAGCGCCACGUGGUUGUACAUUCGGGAGAUAAGCCCUUCAAAUGCAGCAAAUGUGAUAAACAAUUCACACAGAAGGAAAUUCUACGGCAGCACAUGAAUAGGAAGCAUACCAAGAAUCCAGUGGUUGAGCGCCAUGCAUGCUUCCUUUGCCCAAAGCAAUUCUGCCAUGCCUCGGGAUUAAGUCGUCAUCUGCUUGUUCAUGCUGGUCGGACGUUCGCAUGCGGGGUGUGUGGAAAGGAAUUUGUGGAUAAAAGUGCUUUGAAGAGACAUACAAACAACAUUCACAAAUCAACCGAGUAAAAAAAAGAGAAAUAUCCCAAACAGAGCUUCGAGGCAUAUUUUUUUUUAAAUUAAUAACCAACUUUACAAUGUAAAUGUAUGGAUUCACUAUUUAAAAAAAAAUCUCAUAGUGGCAUAAAGUAGGUAAGUAUUUAUUUAAAUAAAAUUUAUAUAAAAAAUGAUUUGUAUUUUAUAAAAUUUUUUUAAAUAAUUCUCUUAAAUUUAAAAUUCAUCAUUUACUUAAAUUUUGGCAUAAAG